UCCUAUUAAAUCUUGUUGAUAAAAUACAUUAAAAUCUAUCUAAUUCUGUGUAAACUUAAAAUAAUCCAUUGACUUUAAAGAAUCCAUGGAUUCAAAACAAUCUAUCAAAAAUUUAGAAUCUUUAAAAUCUGGAUUAAAUACACCCCUUUAAAGUAAAUUUUAAAAAUGGGCAUUUCUAUUCAAUUUCAUAUAAAAAUUAAAAAAUCACUGACUAAUGACUACACAUAAUCCAUUAGUUAUUAAAACUCUAUAAUUUUUUAUAAGUUUUGAAUCAAUACACCUCCUUAAUUAUAAAAGACCAUUUUGGAAAAACUCUUCAUUAGAAAUGAUCAUUUAGAGAACUUACUCUAAGUUUAGAUGAUAAAAAGUACCAAAACACUCUCCACUUAAUUCACACUAAUGUGACAUUUUCUACAGAGGAUAUAGGGAAUAAAUCUCAAUUAUGAAGUACCACAUAGAUAAUUAGAACUUAUUGAGGAUUGAUUUUAGAAAAUACCCUAUUAGAAAAGACCAUUUUGGAAAUUUACUCUCUCUCUCUCUCUCUCUAUAUAUAUAUAUAUGUAUGUAUGUUUGGUUCAAAUUAGGUUGAAUACACCACUAGAGGAAUGAUAAUGCAUAUGAGUUGAUAAAAAUCUUUAAAAAACUUGAUCUCAUAUUGGUUAAUAAGUUGAAUUCUCUGAACUCUAUUCAUAAAUGCACACCACGAUGAACUGUUCAUAUGGCCCGGGUAAGAAUUACUCUUUAACUAAAAAAUGAGAAUGAAACAUUCUUAGUACAAAUAGUUAGUCUUUAAAUUAAUAUUAAUCACGGUGUUACUAAAUUAAAUACCCUUUAUAACUAGUGUUUUAGGAUUAUUUUGUGAAGGCUUAGCAGCUCUCGUUAUUGAUCUUUGAAUAAAAUCGACAAAGCAUCUAAUUGUCCACCCUAGAUGACAUGUAAAAAUAGGGAAUAUACUAAAUGCACUCUAAACCUAUCAUUUCACAAAAGAUGCCAUGUUAUGUUUUAUAGUUCCGCUAUUGAAAUGUACAAAAAGCAUGUAAAUAUCCCUUUAAAAUCCCCGCCUACAUAUCUGUCUGCCUGCCUAGGUGAGGGCUGGUCAGGCAUCUGACUAAACUUUAGCAAAAUGUGAAAUGAUGUCCAUACUUUGAUUGUAUUAGAAUGAUGAAUGGUCAGUCUCUUUCGCCGGCUUAUUGUUGUGAAGGUGUGCAUCGCACAAUUCUUAUAACAUCUUUGGUGGCUUGGUGCAUUGCAGGUUACAUUGAAUGAAGAAGAAAGCUCCAAUCUCCGAGAUCGGCUUCUUCCUCUUGUUAUUGGAUUGCUUAGAACUGCAAAACUCCCUGCUGUAUUGAGGAUGUAUCGUGAUACUCUUACAGCGGAUAUGAAAACAGUUAUUAAGAUGGCAGUUGAAGAGCUGCUUCCAGUUCUUGGCGCUCAACCUCUUGAUUCUGAUUUUGUCACUGGAGAGCUAGCUGGAGAAACAGAGGGUGGAGGCUCAUCACUGGCAAGCAGGUUGAGGAGCCUGUCUCCUGAAAGUUUCGUUCAACUUUUGAGAGCAGUUUUCAUGAUAGUUCAGGCCCACUUAGCUCGGGCUUCUGAAGUUAAGAAAUCAAUAGAGUGGAUUAUGUGCCAUGUUGAUGGCCAUUAUGCUGCUGAUUCGGUAGCUGCUGCAAUUGCUCUUGGAGCUGCUGCUGCAGAAACAGCUCAAGAAACAGAUAAUCAUGCUAAUAGCUUUCUGCCAUAUUCUAUUCUGAGGAACAGUAACAACACUCCAUCAACCCAAGGGAAAGGUAGUGAUGUGUCAGCAACAUCAAAUUUGUCAAGAAAUUUCAGAGCUGAUAUUUUGAGAGAGAAUACAGAAGCUGUAUUUGCUGCUUGUGAUGCUGCUCAUGGGAGAUGGGCAAAGAUUCUUGGAGUCCGGUCUCCAAUUCAUCCAAAACUAAGAUUGCAUGAGUUUCUAAACAUAUAUAACAUAACCCAGGAAUUCAUAAUUGCAACUGAGAGGAUUGGUGGAAGGUUGGGGUAUAGUAUACGAGGAACACUACAGUCGCAGGCCAAAGGUUUUGUUGAAUUUCAACAUGAGUCUCGUAUGGCAAAAAUGAAGGCAAUACUUGACCAGGAAAACUGGGCUGAGAUUGAUGUGCCUGUCGAGUUUCAGAUGAUAGUCACAUCACUCUUUUGCUCAGAAUGUUUGGUCACUAGUGAUGAUUCUACAGAUAAUGGUGCUGGUGCCCCAGGCAGUGAAGGUUCCCCCAUGGAUGCACAGCUCUCAAAUUCAUCAGAAAAUAUGAAGCAGCAUAAUUCAGCUGCAACGCAUCAGGAUAACACAUCAGGAAGUGAAGCAUUGUUAAGAACUGAUAGUGGACAUGCAGAGACUGAAAAUAAUUCCGCUAACAGUACUGAACAUAUCUCAAGGGAACGUGGAAGAGCUUCACCUAGAAUGCUUUUUUUCAAAGGAAUAGGAUAUCACAUGGUUAACUGUGGACUGAUUUUGGUGAAGAUGAUGUCUGAGUAUAUUGAUAUGAAUACUAAUAUGCCGGGGCUUUCUUCAGAAGUAGUUCAUCGUGUUGCUGAGAUCUUGAAAUUUUUCAAUACAAGGACUUGCCAACUUGUUCUUGGUGCUGGAGCUAUGCAGGUAUCAGGUUUAAAGUCUAUUACUUCUAAGCACCUGGCUUUGGCGAGUCAGGUUAUCAGUUUCACAUAUGCUAUUAUACCAGAAAUCAAGAAGGUGCUAUUUCUUAAAGUACCUGAAACACGGAAAGGACUGUUGAUUUUAGAGAUUGAUCGUGUCGCACAGGAUUACAAAGUCCAUAGAGAUGAGAUACACUCAAAGCUUGUACAGAUUAUGAGGGAGCGGCUGCUAAUUCACCUGCGUGGGUUGCCUCAAAUUGUGGAGAACUGGAGUAGGCAAGAAGAUACUUAUCCCCAGCCGAGUCAAUUUGCUCGAUCUAUUACAAAGGAAGUCGGUCUUCUACAUCGUGUGUUAUCUCGAAGUCUGCACGAAGUAGAUGUUCAAACUAUAUUCAGGCAAGUGGUACAAAUCUUUCACACUCAAAUUUUUGAAGCGUUGUCAUCUGUUGACAUAAAUAAUCAUCAAGUGAAAAAUAGAGUAUAUUGCGAUGUUCAACAUAUUCUUGGGUGUAUCCGAUCAUUGCCUUCUGAUGAAUUGAAUAAAACCAAUCCGCGUAAUUGGGGUCAGCUCGAUGAAUUUGUGGCACAAAAUUUUGGUACAGAAGCCACUUCAUAGAUUUCUUGUAGAAUAGCCGUUUGAUUGAUCCAACGCAGACCUCAAUAGAACAAUUGUGGAUGCCCGAAGUCUAUGCAUCAAAACUACACAUGUCAUGGUAAAAGGUGUAAUAUUUUUUCUUGUGGUUUACUUUUGUCUUUUACUUGUAAAUUUUUGUUGUUAGGCUCUAUUGCGGUCUAUAUAGUGUUUGCAUCGAAGGGGUUACUGAAAUGAUAAUACAGUGAGUAACUAGACAGUGAUGAUCAGAAGAUCCAAAAGCAUUGUUUCUAAAUGUCUUAAUUUUAAAAACAAAAAAAAGUGGCAUUCUUACUAAUAUACUACUACCUCCGUCCAUGAGUAUUUGUCAAGUUUUGAUUUUCUCAGUAAAUCGUUUUUUACCUU